AUGAUAAUGAAUCGGCACAUCAUCAGGCAUAAUAUGGAAUUUAGCGACCCAAUGAAGUAUUGGCAGUUGGACAAGAAUAAACUUCCUUUGGCCAUCACUGACAAGUUCUACGAUGACGCCAUCUACCAAGCGGACGACCUUUUUUCUAAAAGGAAGCAUAACCUAUUCGUUAAUAACUGCCACCACCAUGUCGCCAUGGUCCUGAAUAACAUAAAGUAUAAGGGGAGAUCCGACUGGACCCCGUUCAAGGUGGUCUUAAAUCUAGUGAUCCAUGGCCAUUUCGUCUCGUGGAAAUACUUUUUCGUGCUGUACGGACCCUUCCUGUUUAUCCUCCUGCUGUUUGUCUUCCUCGCAGUCGCCUUUUAG